UCGGGCUAUCAUGGCCGCUCCCUGAGCUAAAAGAUCGUCGGUUUUCAGAUGAUCGCGCGGUUAAAUUUUGCUCUAAUGUAUUGACUUUUCUUUGUUACUAAUUAGCGAAACAGUAUCGUCUAACGUUCACGUAGAUUACGACUGUUGAAUGCAAAACCUCAAGUUUCUGUGUUGCGACUAAGUGUCAAACGAUCUAUUGUUUUAUUGUAAAUAUUUCAAUGUAAAUAAUCGAAAAUUAGACUCAUCAACAGUGUUUUACGAGACAACUAGUAAAUGCACCAGGACGUGAAACAAUGAUGCCUAUCAAAGACAACCAAGAUGUUGCCUGUUUUCUGGUUACGAAGCAUUCAUGGAAGGGAAAAUACAAACGUAUUUUUUCAAUUGGAUCCAUGGGUAUAACUACAUAUAACCCAAAUACUUUAGAUGUCACAAACAAGUGGGAGUAUUCUGAUUUCAUCAGUGUCCAGCCUACUAAUAAAAAUCAAGUUGGCUCUCAUGAAUUUUGUAUUACAAUGCGUAAAGAAAGAAAAGUUGAAAACAUGAAAUUCAGCUCAGAACAUAGGGCUCAUUUACUUACUGAGGCUCUUAGGUAUAGAAAUCAAUUUGCUGAAAAACCAAAAGAUGUUAUGAGGUUUUCAGCUUACAAACAUCAUUGGUCAGACACUAGGCUACCUGUUGUGCUAGAGAUUACUCCUUAUAGUCUUGACCAACUUGAUCCAGCUACAAAUAUGGUGCUAGCUAGUUAUUGUUACAAAGACUUUGAAGGUCUGGUAACUGUAAAAGAUUAUCAGAAUGGAUUUGUGGUAGUCUGUGGUGGUUUUGGACGUUUGCAUUUAUUUGCUUCACAAUAUAUAGAAGAAAUUAAAAGGAAAUUAGUAGAAUCUGCAAUGAAUAAUCUGGGUAUCAGCAUAAGAGUACCAAAAGAAUCUAUAAAACUUGAUGACUUUUUUGCACAAAGACUUGGCAAGUUCAGUGGAGAUGAGCACAUUACUAGUGUUUCUGAAUUCACUGUUCACAAAAAUUCAUCAAGGCAUUUAGAGCCCCAGCGCAGGACACUUUGUUUAUCUGAUACUUGUCUACUAGAAAGAGAUCCACAAACUUACAAUAUUUGCACAUUAAGACCACUGUCAGAUGUCUUUGCAUUAAUUCGUGAUAAUCAGAAUCCUCAGUUAUUUACUAUUCAGUAUAUUAAUGGACAAAUGCGUAGUUAUACAGCAACAGAUAGAGAUUCGCUAUUGGCAUCUUUGUUGGAUGGAGUGCGAGCAUCUGGCAAUAGAGAUGUUCAUGUUAAAAUGUAUCCUAUCGCACGUGGAAAGAGAUUAGGACCUUUGAGUCUACCUGUUGACGAGGAAGUUGAAAUUUUAAAUGUGAAAUUCCUUCAGCAACCACCUGGCAGUCGUCAAUUUGCUGAAAUUUUAGAGAGGUUCAAUGCAAAUAUUCCUUACAGUGGCCUUCUGUAUUCCAUUACACAAGAUGUAAGAUGUCACUGUUCUUCCAUUAUUUUAAUUUUGUUUUUACAGCAUAAUUUUAUAUUUUGCUCUUUACAGGGUCUUUUUACUGAAAAUAAAGAUAAAAUUAUUCUUGGAGCACUGAAUACAGUAGUGAAUAAGGAUGUUGAAACAGAUUUUGAAAUAGAGGCACAAUUCCAUGCAUUGAGAAGACUAGUUGCAAGUAAAGUUGGAUUUACAGCUUUCACAAAUUUACCUGGCUUUCGCGAAGCAAUUGGCAACAAAGUUGUGAAAGCUUUGAAACGUCAAGAUUCUGGAUGCACUCAAGCAGCUAUUGAUUGUAUUUGUGCUCUUAUGCAGCCUAUGCAUGAUGACUGUGAUUUGAGACAAGAACAGUUGAAUAAAAGCAGUUUGCUGAGUAACAAUAAGUUUCUAGAAAGCUUACUCGAAAUGUGGAUGAGUCACGUUAAUCAUGGAACAGGCGCCCUUGUAGUGUCAGCAAUGUUAGAUCUCCUAACAUUUGCUCUAUGUGUUCCAUAUAGCGAAACAACGGACGGCAAACAUUUUGACAACUUAUUGGAAAUGGUAGCAUCAAGAGGUAGAUCUUUGUUCAAGUUAUUUCAACAUCCUUCGUUGGCUAUUGUCAAAGGAGCUGGUCUGAUUAUGAGAGCAAUCAUUGAGGAAGGUGCGCAAGAAGUUUCAGCUAAAAUGCAAGAGCUGGCUCUUGCUGAAGGUGCAUUGCCUAGACACCUUCUCAAUAGUUUGUUUACUGCUGGUACCGAUGGCAGAUUAUUGACGCAUAGACAACUAUGUCGUCAUUUGGUUGGGCUAUGGGUUACUGGUCAUCCUACGGCUAUGGCUUUGUUGAAGAGAAUCAUGCCAAUUGGACUACUAAACUACCUGGAUUCUGAGGAAAAAGUGCCAGAUACAUAUAAGGAGGAAGAGAGGCUGGAUCAUCGCGAUAAUUUGAAAAUAGCAAUAGAUCAUGCAACUAAAAACAAAAAGAGUCCACAGUGGAUAGCUAUAGAAAGACAGAUGAGAAUUAUAGAGAAGCAUCUAGACAAUGCGCUCGAGCAUUGGGGCGCAAAAGUUGGUAUCGAAAGACGAGAAAAAAUCAAGGAAAGACCUGUGGUCCUUAGAAAGCGCCGAGAACGAGUGAAAUCCGAAGCGAAUUGGAAACUUUUUUAUUACAAAUUCAGUCAAGAUCAUGCGCUUUCGAAUCUCAUUUGGAAUCAUAAGACUCGCGAGGAGUUACGUACGGCUUUGGAAAAUGAAAUACGCGCUUUUACUUCUGAUAGAGAUUUAUCUGGUGGAACUUUAAUUGCUUGGAAUCAUCGUGAGUUUGAGGUUCAGUACCAGUGUUUGUCGGACGAAGUGAAAAUUGGCGAUUAUUACCUCAGGUUACUGCUUGAAAAAGAUUCUCCCGAUAGCCCUAUUAGAAAGUCGUAUGAAUUUUUCAAUGAUUUAUAUCAUCGAUUUUUAUUGACAACUAAAACUGAAAUGAAGUGCCUUUGCUUACAAGCUAUGACUAUUGUCUACGGACGCUAUUACGAAGACAUCGGUCCAUUCUCUGACACCAAAUACAUCGUAGGAAUGUUAGAACGCUGCAUAGAUAGAACGGAACGGGAUCGUUUGGUGAUGUUUAUCGAGAAACUUAUUCUGCAUCGAAGAAACGUCAAAGAUAUCAUGGAUCAAAAUGGAAUUAGAACGUUAGUUGACCUAUUAACUUUAGCUCACUUGCACACUUCUCGUGCAGUCGUUCCAACUCAGACAAACGUUAUCGAGGCUGGUCCAGAUCAAGAGUAUAUUUUGGAAAAAGAAUGGUAUUACAACGACGGUGACAAAAGAAAAGGUCCGAUAAGCGUAAAAGAUCUAAGAGAUUUAUACGUAUCAAAUCAAAUAUCACACAAAACGAAAGUAUGGGCACAAGGACUCGACAGCUGGCGAGUCUUAUCUCAAGUACCUCAGCUUAAAUGGACACUAGUUGCCAAAGGCACGUCCGUCAUCAAUGAAAGUGAAUUAGCAACGCUGAUUUUGAAUAUUUUGAUCAAAAUGUGCGAAUACUUUCCCAGUCGUGACUCUGAUAAUGCUGUUAUCAGACCUCUACCUCGCGUCAAACGGUUGCUGUCGGAUCUUCAAUGUCUACCACAUAUUGUGCAGCUGUUGCUUACUUUUGACCCAGUUCUCGUCGAGAGGAUUGCCACUCUGCUUUGUGAAAUUAUGAGGGACAAUCCAGAUAUUUCGAAAGUUUAUUUAACAGGAGUUUUCUACUUUAUUCUAAUGUACACCGGUUCUAACGUAUUACCUAUAGCUAGAUUCCUACAGUUGACUCAUACUAAACAAGCUUUUAGGGGUGACGAUACUCCAUCAGACAUUAUGCAGAAAAGUAUUCUCGGUCAACUGUUGCCUGAUGCCAUGGUUAGUUAUUUAGAGAAUCACGGAGCUGAAAAAUUCGCCCAAAUAUUCCUAGGGGACUUCGAUACUCCCGAAGCAAUUUGGAACGCUGAAAUGCGUAGAAUGUUGAUUGAGAAAAUCGCUGCUCAUAUAGCCGACUUUUCACCAAAGUUACAUAGCCACACUAUGGCGAGAUACCAGUAUAUACCUAUUCCCGCUGUUCGCUAUCCACAGCUGGAAAAAGAACUGUUCUGCCAGAUAUUUUAUCUGCGGCAUUUGUGUGAUACUGUGAAAUUCCCUCAAUGGCCCAUUCCAGAACCUAUAAAAUUAUUAAAAGAUGUCUUGGAUGCUUGGAAGAAAGAGGUCGAAAAGAAACCUUCUAUCAUGACUGUCGACGAUGCGUAUAAGGUUCUUGGAUUGGAAAGUGGUGAGUAUCAUGAUGAGGCUAUAGUUAGGAAAUCGUACUACAAAUUAGCCCAGAUAUACCAUCCAGACAAAAAUCCUCAAGGCAGAGACAAAUUUGAGGCUGUAAACCAAGCCUAUGAAUUCCUUUGCAGUAGAAGUUGCUGGUCAACUGACGGUCCCAAUCCCGAUAACAUUGUGCUAAUUCUAAAAACUCAAAGCAUUCUAUUUCAUAGAUAUAAAGAAGAUCUUGCACCCUACAAAUACGCAGGAUAUCCUCAACUGAUAAAAACAAUCAAGUUAGAGACUGACGACGAACGGUUAUUCUCAAAAUCGGCACCACUGCUCGCUGCUGCAAGUGAGUUGGCCUACUACACUGUCCACUGUUCAUCUUUGAACGCUGAAGAACUGAGAAGAGAAGGUGGACUUGAGGUUUUGUUAGACGCUUACACGAGAUGCGUGUCCGUGCUAAAUAAGUCUAGUAAAGGAAGUGAAAUUGCUGUCCAAGUUUGUACUCAUAUCACUAGAUGUUUCGCUGUAGCUGGAUCUUUCAGGGGUUGCAGAGAUAAGAUCGUUGAGCUUCCGCAGUUGAUUAAAGAUCUGUGCAGAGUCUUGCAUUUCAGGCAUUUGACAAAGUUGUGUUCUGUAGCAACAGAAUGCGUCUCGUCACUUGCGACUGAUAGCGUACUGCAAAUGCAGCUUUUACAAUCCGGAGCUUUAUGGUACCUAUUGCUUUUCAUGUUUAAUUAUGAUUUCACUCUGGAGGAAGGUGGAGUCGAAAGAAAUCAAGACGAAAACAGACAGGAAAUUGCUAAUAAUUUGGCUAAGCAAGCUGUAAAAGCUUGCGCAAAAUUAGGUGGUUAUAUGAAAGCUGAAGACGAGACUCCUUACAAUCCGGUGACUGUAGCUGCCUUGGAGAAUUUAUUGACGCCUUAUUUGUCUAGACAGCUUGCCAACGAUAAGCCGGAAGAUAUUCUUAAGACUUUGAAUUCUAAUUGUUCCAAUCCAUACUUGAUUUGGGAUAAUGGAACGAGAGCUGAGUUGAUUGAGUACCUUGAGAGUAAACUUCAAGAAAAGAUGAAUAGCAAUGGUAACAUUGAGCACGACUUUGUCAACUUCAAGUAUAAUGCUCACAAAGGAGAACUUGUUAUUGGUGAAAUAUUUGUUAAAGUUUACAAUGAGCAACCUAAUUUUCUGAUAGAGAAUCCGAAAGGUUUUACAAUAGACUUAUUGGAUUUUCUUGGAAAGUCUGCGGAAUAUAUUGGCUCUUUGAACGCCAACGUUAAUUUAACGAAAAAUGAUCACGAAAAAUUACGAGGUAUCGUGAUGUCAUUAGAAGCUUUAAAAAAUGUCAUCAAAAGCAAUCCUGGAGUGGAAAUCCAGUGUAUUGGUCACUUCAAGCUGCUCUUUAGCUUAGCAAGUAGCAGUAAUUUCAAACCCAUUCAAAGAGCCGCUAUUGAAGUUAUCAGUACCGUGACAAAGAACCAAGAGUGCGUCAACGAUAUAGCAGCCAAUGAAGUUGUCUUGCAUUUAUUAUUGUGCUUAAACAGUUUAAAAGAUAGUCAGCUGUUGAUUUUAGAAACUUUGUACGCGCUUAUGAGUACAACGAAAAUUGUUAAGGAUGCUUUGAAUAAAGGAGCAGUGAUAUACAUUUUGGACUUAUUUUGCAACUCAACGAACUUACAAAUACGUGAGACUGCUGCUGAAUUAUUAGCGAAGAUGUCGUCCGAUAAAUUAGCUGGUCCUAAGAUUAAGUUAGAUCUGUCAAAAUUCUUACCUCAGUUAUUUAGUGAGGCUAUUCGUGAUGCUCCUAAGCAGUGUGUGCAGAUGUUUGAGACUAAGCAAGAGAAUCCAGAAUUAAUUUGGGACGAUGACACAAAGGCCAAAGUACAAAAAUCAAUUACUGAAUUAAAAGAAGAGUAUUACAAUUUGCAAUCCCAGAAUCAUAAUGCUGUAUUGAAACUUCCUGAAACUCAAAACAAUUUAAAUAGCAUAACCAAUGAGCCAGUAGUUGGCGGAGUAUAUCUUAGAUUGUUCAUAUCUAGUCCGGCAUGGGCUGUUAGAAAGCCAAAGGAAUUCCUAAGCGAGCUGAUGGAUACAACUUUGAAUUUGAUGUCUAAAGAAAAGACUGACUUGGAUAUGCUAGAGUUAUCGACCCAAGCUCUCGUCUGCCUUUUGCAAGCUCAACCAGCUUUAGCAGAUCAAGUACCUUCCUUGGGUCACAUACCGAGAUUAUGUAGACAAAUGUCUGUACAAAAUACUCAAACGUCAGUAUAUAAAGCCGCUAUUUUGAUUCUUCAUCAGCUUGCUCUUAGUGAGAUUUGUAUAUCUUCAAUUUGCCAAACUGAAUGCAUCAGCCCUUUGAAAAAUGCAAUGCAAUUGAGAAAAGAUAUGAUUGCCGUAGCAUGUGAAACUUUAAAUAGGUUAUUUUCUACCAACGAAGAUAGACUUAUCAAACAGGCUCUCGAUGCCGAAAUGGUUCCAUAUCUACUUAAUAUCCUAGAAGGCCGUUUGGACAUCCUAGAAAAUUCAGCGACGACAAAGGCACAAAUAGUCAAAGCUUUGAAAGCUAUGACGAGAAGCUUCACACUCGGCGAAAAAGUCAGCGCGAUACUUGAAAAGUCGAGCAUAUGGGCAGAGUACAAAGACCAGAGGCAUGAUUUAUUCAUUUCUAAUACCUCCAUGAGCGGCUAUCUUACUGCCGGUACACCUGUAUCGGCUGGCUACUUAACGGCAGGAUCUAGUGCAUCGAUUCCGACAGGACCCCCACCCGUCGACAAGGACGAUAGCUUUUACAACAGGAAAGACAGUAUCUGAUACGGGUAGCAGGUGAAAGGUAUUAUGAAGAAUAGUACUCACCAUCGAGUAAUAUAAUAGCCGUUUAUUAAAUGCUGGUGCAUCGAAAGAAAGAACUAUUUUAUCUGUGAUUCUCGUAAUGUUUAGGACGUGUGUAAAAAAACAAAAGGUGUUCAUCUUGAAUUUCUUCCAAAUUUUUAGGCAACAUACGGUUUUUUUAACAGUCCAAUUUUACUUGAAACUGCACGACUUUUCUGUAACAAUAAUUUUAAUCAAUAACACACAUUUCUUUUUCGAGCAAAAUUUUCAAGUAUUUUUUACGUUUAUGUAGAAUUUGACAUUUCGAUUCGCAAAAAAAUUUUCGCAAUAAAAUCAAAUGUAAUGCUGACUCGGAUAGUCAAUAAAAGUAUUCUGUGAUAACAUGAUGCACAGGAAAGUAAAUCAAAGAAAGCACGCGUGUGCAUAUAUCUAAAUAAAUCGUGCAUUUUUAACUGUUAAUUUGGUGAUCAAAAAUUAAUUGAAUUGCAAUGUUGUUGGAGUAUACGUGUUUUUUUACUGACUUUUGUAUGAAUAAAAUCAACAAAUAUUGGUAACGUUUUACUAAAGCAUAUAUUAACUGUUUGAACAUACCUAUUUGCACUGGUUUCUAAUUAAAUUUUUAUCCGUUAAAUGUAUUUCAAAUAUAAAGAGAAAAAGAUAAUUUUAUUAAUAAUUAUCAGGCUAUAUCUCCGUGUCAUUUUCAAGAAUAAAUGUUUCUUUCGAUUACGCUAAAUGAUUUGCUAAAAAAUAUUGUAGAUCUGGAAGAAAUUUUGAAAAACAUUUUUUAUGUGAAUAUUUGCAAUAUUGUCGAUGAAGAAAAGAAAAGAAUGAGAGAGAAGAUGAUACACUAAAAUAUAUUAGUUUUUGCACUCGUGUAAAUGCUUACAGCAACUGACCAUUUUAAAUAAUAUUCUACUUUUAUAUGCAAUUUUAUGUCACGAUGAACGAUACGCGCGUGAGUUUUCUAGCUUAGCUACAAUCACUAUACAGAUCUAAGUAGCAGGGUAAAAAUUUACUAUAAAAUUUUUUCAAGUAAUCUUACGAUAUAUAGAUUUGUAAAUAUUCUAUAAAUAUAAUAUAUUGAAACAAAAAAAAUAUAAAUAAAUAAUUAUAUGUAUAAAUGCAUAUGUGUAUAUAAACAAAAAACUUAUGCACACAUAUGAGAUGGACAAUUUUGUACAUCGCAUUAUUAUACAUCAUGUUUGAAGUAGAAAAAAAAGAAGAGGAUUACGGUUUCGCUGAUAGUUUUGUACAAGAAUUUUUUAUCUGACAGGUUUUACAGUUAUAAAUAUGCACAUAGCUUAAAAAAAGUAAGUUGAUAAGCAUGCAUAAUGAUGUUCUGAUAACAAAUUUAUAUACUAUUAAUUUGAUGAAUUAAUAUGCGCUUUGAUCUUAAAUAAAGUCAACUAAUUAUUUGUUACACAUGAUCAAUGCUUCUUUGUUGCCUAUACAAGCAAAAUCACAAGAACAUCUUUAUUUAGAAAGCUACGUUGUAUCAAUAAAUUUUUUCAUUUUUCAUUUAAAAAAGUAUUAUUCGCUCAUCAUUAUUAUAUGUAUUCGAUACCUUUUAGUUUCUAUCUUUAAAAUGUGUAGUGAACUUUUACAUUUCCAAGUUACUGACUAGUUUUAAUCCCAAAUGCCUUAAUAGUAUUGUUUCACCUAUAAUCACUCGAGAGAAAGAAAAAUUGAAUAACAUUUUCUAACAUUCAAAAACCUGAGUACUAAUCAAUUCAU